GUAUAUAGGGGGGGGGGCUGUGGUGUUUAAGCUCUAAUAUGUUUUCGCUGUGGGUUCCCUUCCCAGUUGGCAAUGCAUCCAGUCGACUCCGAAGUGUUUAUAAAGGAUUGCCUUCCCGAGCGCCCUUUUCGACCUCUCCCAGCCUUCAUCUCACCGAUCCGAAGAGCCGUCAAACAAGAUUCUAGGGUCUUCUUUCUACAAUAUUGCAUAUUGCGCAAGACGUUCUGAGCUCCUCUAUCUCCAACAUUUUGCCAGAAAUCUCGUUCGUGUCGCAACCCUCUCUCGACAUGGCCGUCCUCGAGCCCUACAAGGGCGGGUAUUAUCUCUGGAAGUACCUGCCCUCACCUGAGGCAGCUGGUGCGGUUACCGCCCUCUUUGCGGUUUUAACGGCGGCAUACUGCUGGCGCAUCUGGAGGACGCGCAGCUGGUUCUGCAUCCCAUUCCCCGUUGGCGGCCUCAUGAGCGUCAUCGGCUACGCGACCCGAGCAACAGCGCGCGAGAAUACGGCCAAGCUGAUGCCGUACGCAAUCCAGAACACCAUGAUUCUCCUAGCGCCCGUGUUGUUCGCCGCCGCCAUCUAUAUGACGCUCGGUCGCGCGAUCCGCAGCUCUGGCGGAGAAAGGCACUCGCUGAUCAGGCCCGCGUGGCUGACAAAGCUCUUCGUAUCGGGCGACGUGUUGUCGCUGGUGGUCCAGGGCGGCGCGGCGGGACUGAUGGUGGCGGGCGGCUCACAGGCAAAAACCGGCCAGAAUAUCAUCAUCGGCGGCCUGGUGCUGCAGGUGCUCAUCUUUGGGCUGUUUUGCGCGGCGGCGUUUGUCUUCCACGUCAGGAUGCGCCGCGACCCUAUCGUCAUGGCCACCGAGCGCGUCCCCGACAUCGCCGCCCGCAGGGGGGUUGUGCCCUGGAGGCAGACACUGAGGGUUCUCUACGUCGUCAGCGGCCUGGUCAUGGUCCGCUCGGUCUUCCGCGUCGUUGAGUUUUCCAUGGGCCAGGACGGAUACCUGCUCAGCACCGAGUGGCCGCUGUACGUCUUUGACUCGCUGCCCAUGCUGACCGUUAUGGCCGUGUUUUGGUGGUGGUUCCCGUCAGCAAUAGCGAAGCCGGCGAGUUGGGGCGAGGUGACGUCUCUGAGCGAUCUUAAUACGAUAUCGAGAGGAGGAGCUGAGGUGGCUGAGAGGGAGAGGAUGCACAAGGAGGCUGUGUAGGGGUUGAUUUCGAAAUUUCCGUCCUGUUACUCUGAACGAAGCUUGAACUUGGAGAGGAUGAUGGAGAUGGCGCGGAUGUUAGACUUUUCUAUUUCCUUUGUUUCAUCUAUUUCCUUUGUUUCAUCUAUUUCCUUUGUUUCAUCUAUUUCCUUUGUUUCAUCUCGUGUGCUCAAGGGGGGGCCUCCACAGUCAGAUCUACCACCAAAGUGAAAUGGCUUAUAGCCGUCACUGCUUUUUUUUCUAUGCAAUUAUAUUAGUCUAGCCUAUAGCCUAGUACGUAGUAGAUGAGGCGGGUUGCAUUAUGGUUCCUUG